AUGAGCCAAGAAUAUCACAUGUGCAAAAGAAAUGCCGAUACAAAAUGCAUCAAAGGCAUCGUUAGCAUAUCAAGAAAUCUCGAGAUCCCACAGAAAACGGCAUAUCUGGCAUUGGGAAUCUACUACAAGCACACACUUGAUUCAAAAUGCACGAAAGUAGCCGCAGCAGGGGCUGCAUGCAUCAUGCUGGCCGGAAAAAUCAAUGGAUCGCUAAGAACCCUUGAGCAGAUCCUAAGGGCUAGCCACAGGUACUAUGGAAUCAACUCAGAAAGCACAUUCAAGCAAGAUUAUGAAGAUGCCAUAGAAAUCGAGCUGCAUGCAUGCAUUUUGAUAGACUUCGACUUUAGCACAAACGAUCCAUACAGGCUUCUCAAGGCAUUCUGUACAGAAAACCACAUUCCUAAGCAAAAAGCACAGACUAUAUGGGCUAUACUGAACGACUCAGCAUGCAUCCCUCUUCAGUUGGCGUUUUCGUCCAGGAUAAUACUAAUGAGUUGUGUGUUCAUUUCAGAGCUCAUAGACAGCCAUGACAUGAAUGUCUCUUCAUUCAAACAAAAGUUCGGGUUCAAUGGCAUCCAAGAUAUCGAAAUCAAUUUUAUUUCUGAAGAGAUCGUUUCAAUGUAUGAGAAGCUAGUGUAG